AUGCUGCUGCUGCUCCUAAUGCUGCUGUCAUCAAGUGACGGCCAGGCUCAGCGUGUGUCGGGUAAGAACAAGAAUGGUUCGUGUGUCUGUGCGGUGAACUCCACCAUGUGGUCCUUCCCUGUUGUGAAUUACGAGGCCGUGCUGCAGCAGGUUCAGUCCUGUGAAGUAUCUUUGAACAGUCUGCAGGAAAAGGUGGAGUUGUCCAACCAGCGGCUCCCUCAGAUCCAGGCUCUGAUCAAGAACUUGACUGAGCGGCUGGAGCCUCACCAGUACCUGCAAUACCAGGGCCUUUACACAGACUUGUCUCUGCACCAGCUGGGCCAGGAGCUCAGCCAGCUGGAGACAGACAUCGGUGCCAUCCACGGCCAGUUUAACAAUGCCCAAACAAAGAAACUGUCCAACGAGGUGGGUAAACUGCGUACAGAUGUGGACAGGAUAAAAAUGUCGGACACAAUUAACAUGAAGGCUGUCAAAGAGAAGCUGCGCUACCUGAAGAACAGCGCGGAGUCCUGCAAGUCCAUCCCCAAAGACUUCAAAGGCCAGCACAGGUACUGCCUCAAGGGCCUGAUCUCCGACAUCAGCGAUCCCGUCACGACUAAGGUCACUCCCCAGGGUAAGGGCUACAUCUCUGGUUCGUGGGGCAAACAGGCCCAGAUGGACAGCGAGGGAGAGGAGAACAGCUACUGGGUUCAGCCUCUGCUCAGCGGCAACAUCUGGGGCAACACCGUGCGCGUAUAUCAAAACUACAAAGACUUCAUGGCCUCCGUCAACCACAAGGACUUUACCUUCGCUCCAUCCUACACUCACGCCAACACCCUCGAGGGUCCAAGUAGUGUUCUAUAUGGUGAAGCGCUGUACUAUCACUGCUACCUCUCUGCAGAUGUCUGCCGCUACGACCUGAACAGCAACACCGUCAAGCGGGUGACACUUCCGGGCACCGGCGUCGGUUUCAACAACAAGUUUCCGUAUUGUUACUUUGACUGUCGUCUCAAUAGUGAUGUGGACGUGGAGGCAGAUGAGACGGGACUGUGGGCCUUGUAUGCCACUGUUGGUAACCAUGGUAAUCUGGUAGUGAGCCGACUGGUUUGGAACAGCGUGAAUGAGACGCUCAAUGUCACACAGACAUGGGAGACAAGGAUGUUCAAGAAGGCGGUGAGCAAUGCUUUCAUGGUGUGCGGUGUGCUAUAUGCUACCCGUUAUGUGGACAAUUACCGCGAGGAGGUGUUCUACGCCUUUGACACAGCAACAGGCAAAGAGGACAACUCACUAGCACUGCCACUGGAGAAGGUAGCUAAGGGAGUGGCCAGCCUGAGCUAUAACCCCACCAACAAGCAGAUCUACAUGUACAAUGAUGGAUAUCUACUAGCCUACCAGGCCCACUUCUGAUCUGAGGCUGUUGUAAUUGGCAUUUAGCCAUGUCACAUAACACAACAAGAAAUAAAUAGAGCUAGAAAAGGUCCAGCGAAAUAUGUCAAACUAUAUAUCAUAUCAGGUACUCCAUAUUGUUAGCAUAUCACGUAGCCUGUAGCGCAGUGGGUAUAGUGGUCAUCCUUUAAACGUAAGCUUGGUGGUUCGAUCCCCAACUGUCUGCAUGUCGCAGUGUCGUUGAGCAAAACUCAAAGUUGCUCCCGGGCGCUUAACUGCAGCUCUCUACUCCUACAAUGCUUAGGAUGUGUUAAAUGUAGAGGGCAAAUUUCAUGUAUGUAUGUACCUGUAUGGAUAUGAUGAUUGUAAUAAAGUUUCUUACUUUUUGA